GCCGCUGAAGCAGCCUGUCGUCUGGGAUGGGAGUAAGAGAAGGGCUUGGUAAAUGAUAGUGGCCCAGAGCGAACUCCUCGAGUAAGAUGGCGGCGGCAGCGGCGGCGCUUUGAGAAGAGGGGGAGGAGAGACGAGCGCUCGCCCAGCGGUGUGGCUGCUUCAGAUGGUUGGGGCUACAAGCGUGCGCUGAGUGGGUGGGGGAAAUUCUGGAACUGUGGUCCCGGCAGUGGCCAGAAGGGGACAGGCUGAAAGGCUGGGAAGGUGGCUCAGGCUGGGGCGGAGACGGCGACGACAGCAGGAGCAGCAGCAGCAAAGCCCCGAGGAGAGGUGCCAGUCAGGUAGAGCGAGCUCCUGCGGUCUCGGCGUUCGCUGUUCGGUGGCAGCGGCUGAGGGACGAGUCUCCAUGUCGGACAACCAAAGCUGGAAUUCCUCGGGCUCCGAAGAGGACCCCGAGACUGAAUCCGGGCCGCCUGUUGAGCUCUGCGGAGUCCUCAGCAAGUGGACCAACUACAUUCAUGGAUGGCAGGACCGGUGGGUGGUCUUGAAGAACAACACACUAAGUUACUACAAGUCUGAAGAUGAAACAGAGUAUGGAUGCAGGGGCUCAAUCUGUCUGAGUAAGGCUGUCAUUACACCCCAUGAUUUUGAUGAGUGCAGAUUUGAUAUUAGCGUGAAUGAUAGUGUUUGGUACCUACGGGCUCAGGAUCCAGAUCAUAGACAACAAUGGAUAGAUGCAAUUGAACAGCACAAGACUGAAUCUGGCUAUGGAUCAGAGUCAAGCUUACGGCGCCAUGGAUCUAUGGUAUCCCUUGUGUCUGGAGCAAGUGGGUACUCUGCAACAUCAACCUCCUCAUUCAAGAAGGGCCACAGUUUGCGUGAAAAGCUUGCUGAAAUGGAAACUUUCAGAGAUAUAUUGUGUAGACAGGUUGAUACAUUACAGAAAUACUUUGAUGCCUGCGCUAAUGCUGUCUCCAAGGAUGAAUUUCAGAGAGAUAAAGUGGUAGAAGACGAUGAAGAUGAUUUUCCAACAACACGCUCUGAUGGGGAUUUUUUGCACAAUAGUAAUGGAAGUAAAGAAAAAUUGUUUCCACAUGUAACGCCCAAAGGAAUAAAUGGCAUUGACUUUAAAGGGGAAGCUAUAACUUUCAAGGCAACAACAGCUGGAAUCCUUGCUACACUUUCUCAUUGUAUUGAGCUAAUGGUAAAACGUGAAGAGAGCUGGCAGAAAAGAUUGGAUAAGGAAAUUGAAAAAAGGAGGCGAAUAGAAGAAGCCUACAAAAAUGCUAUGACAGAGCUUAAAAAAAAGUCUCAUUUUGGAGGGCCAGAUUAUGAGGAAGGUCCCAACAGUCUGAUUAAUGAAGAAGAAUUCUUUGAUGCUGUUGAAGCUGCUCUUGAUAGGCAAGAUAAAAUAGAAGAACAGUCCCAGAGUGAAAAGGUCAGAUUACACUGGCCAUCAUCAAUGCCACCUGGUGAUGCGUUUUCUGGUGUGGGAACUCAUAGAUUUGUCCAAAAGCUCUAUAGUCGCUCUUCUUCCAUGUCUUCCAUUGAUCUAGUCAGUGCCUCUGAUGAUGUUCACAGAUUCAGCUCCCAGGUGGAAGAGAUGGUGCAGAACCACAUGACGUAUUCAUUACAAGAUGUGGGAGGUGAUGCUAAUUGGCAGCUGGUGGUUGAAGAAGGUGAAAUGAAGGUGUACAGGAGGGAGGUAGAAGAAAAUGGCAUUGUUCUAGAUCCUUUGAAAGCCACACAUGCAGUGAAAGGGGUUACAGGGCAUGAAGUCUGCCACUACUUCUGGAGUGUUGACGUGCGUAAUGAUUGGGAAACAACCAUUGAAAACUUCCGUGUUGUAGAAACUUUGGCUGAUAAUGCAAUCAUAAUCUACCAGACACAUAAGAGAGUAUGGCCUGCUUCUCAACGUGAUGUGCUAUAUUUGUCUGCUAUCCGAACAAUACCAGCUUUCAAUGAAAAUGACACAGAAACAUGGAUUGUCUGCAAUUUCUCUGUGGAUCAUGAUAGUGCCCCUUUGAACAAUCGAUGUGUUCGUGCCAAAAUAAAUGUUGCUAUGAUAUGUCAGACAUUGGUAAGCCCACCAGAAGGGAACAAGGAAAUAAGCAGAGACAACAUCCUAUGCAAGAUUACAUAUGUAGCAAAUGUGAACCCUGGAGGUUGGGCACCAGCUUCUGUGUUACGGGCAGUAGCAAAACGAGAGUAUCCCAAAUUCUUGAAGCGGUUCACAUCUUAUGUGCAAGAGAAAACUGCAGGAAAGCCUAUUUUGUUCUAGUGUUAACAGUGUUUGGAACAAGGCUGUGUGAACAUUCCAUGUGGAGAAAUGAACCAAAAUGAAUGCUCCAAGCUGGAACGUAGGAUCAACAGCCUUAUGGCCCAAGUACUGGAUUCUGUACUCAACUGAAGAAAUACUGCAACGCCAUGAAGCUGAACUUUCACUGUCUUCUGCUAGCUCACCUUGCUGAAUCGGUGUGUAAUUAUAUAUAUAAAAAAACAGAAAUACAUGUGUUGAUACAUGUAUACGGCUCUACUUUAUGUGCUUGCUUUAGAGGAGAAAAAUACAACUUUGGGUCACCAACUUGGUUGAUUGCUUUAACUUUGGAAUUAUUUGAAAAGCUUUUGUUUACUGUGGAACUUCAUCAUAAGCCACUUGCACAGCUUCCAUUUUUGUGUAUGUGUAAAAAAGCACAAAGGACAAAUGCACAUAUGGCAUACUGUAUGUGCUUUAUAUACACAAAAAUCUCUGUGUUGUAACUUUUUUCCUUCAGGUUUUCAGUAAACUCUUUGUAUCCUUCCAGAGGGGAUUUGUGUUUGCUUUGUAUAAUCAUAGUUCAUUGCUGCUGGUUUCUAUGAUAAAUCAUCUUGUUAUGUAAGACAUCUUUUAAUAUGUGAGGGCUGUCAAGAUCCUUAUGACGUUGCCUUUUCUAUGGUCUUGCUCCUGUGAAGACCUUCUAGGUUCUGAUGGAGUAAGUGUGAAAAGCUUUAUUUUUUUCCAGAUAUCUUUAUAUUUCUAUUGUAUUUUUUAGUUGUGUAAAAUGUGCUACAGAAAUUUGGUUAUUGAACAUGAUCCAGACAUUUCUAAAUAGAUGGAUACUGUACAAGAGGUGUGACUGCCUGAAAAAGCUACAGCAGUGUCUUCCCCAGGUUGUGUGUGAUGCCCUGCUUUUCUUGCAGUCUGAUUUUCUGAAGCUGCAAGAAGUUAACACUGUGUAAUAUUUAUUGAAGUAAAUUGGACUAUAAAAGAUAACAUUCCCAGUCAUGAAGAAAGAGCAAAUAUGCUGUUUCCGGUCCUGCAUGUUUGUAUGUUUUUGUUCAAUAAAGCUGUACUAUCAAGUUCAUACAUAAAACCUUUCACACAUGUAAUAUUUGCCCCCACUAGCUGCACAGUAAGAUGUAAAAAAAUCAAUGAAAGCUAAAUUGCAAAGUUCCCCUUAGUUGCUGUGAGAACUCAACUUUCAAGGAUCUGCCUGUCUUUAAUGCCAAGAAAUAACAUGAACGAUGAACUGUGAGAAGAAGGUCCUCCUGAAAUGUCUCGGUGGUUGUGCUUUUAAAUUGAGAUUAUUCAGAUGAUUUUUUUUAGCUGUUAGAUCAGCUUGUGUAUAUAUAGAGAGACAGACAAGAUUUGGAUAUAUUUUUGAAAAGAAAGCAGAAAGUCUUAUUUCGUAUAGAGUAGCUGAUGCUUGAAAACAAAGUACUUUUUAAUGAAGAUACAGCUGAUGAAAAUCUUUGAGGUUGGAAGCAAAUUCUAUUGGGUAUGGCUGGUGUGUCUUCAGUAUGCUAAGGUAGAUGCACUAAAGUUGAUUUAUAUAUAUGCACACAAAUUUCAUGUUUUUUAGUCUCCAUUUGCCUUUCUCUAAAUGUGCAUGGAAUAUGCCUUAUUACAGAAUGAUUCUGAUCAUGAUUUGAAAAUGUAGAAAAGUGCCUAUGGGGUAAUGCCAGUAAGGCAAAUAAGAUGAGAAAUUAGAUCUGUUUACUAUAUCACCAGUAAACAUAUGUUUCUUAUACCUCUGAUAUGUUUAAUCUUUUUACAAUCAACUGGAAAAUAAAUUGCUUAUUCACCAUAGCUACUGAUGGGAACUUCAAUAACAAAAUAAUGCUUAGACCCUGAACCCAAAUUUAACAAUUUGCCAUUUCUGGUAAUGAUCAUGGAACAUAUACAAGUAACUUUAAUUUAAUUGGAUAGCUUUAUUAUACAAAGAUGGAAAGUUUACAAAGCAGUAUAUAAAUCUUAAUAUCAUUAGUUGCAUUUGCACUAAAUGUGAUGUAUUUUGCAAUUCUGUAAUUAAAAAUUACACUAAAUA